GCUCGGGAGUGCCCGGUACGGGUCGGGGUGCGCAGCACGCUGCUGCUAGGCUGAGCCCGGGCCCUCUUGUUGGCGGGGUCUGAGGUUGGUCAGGCGGUAGGGUGCUGCCCUUGGGCCAGGUGGCCGCCUCCCAGGGCCUUCUCAGGCACGCAGGGUCAGGCCUGUUGGACCCGUGUGUCGUCCUGCUGAAGUAACGCAGGGAUGGCCGGCAGGAGCCCGGAGCAGAGCCUGCGGGAGGAGCUGACAUGUGCCAUCUGCUACGAGCUCUUCCAGGAGCCUGUCAUGCUGGACUGCAUGCACCACUUCUGCAAGGCCUGCAUCCAGGGCUACUGGGACAGCUGCAGCCGCGUCCCCUCCUGCCCGCAGUGCCGCCGAGAGUUCCCCAGCCGGGCUUUCCGCACCCACUACCUGCUGGCAGGGCUGGUGGAGAAGGUGCGGCGCUGCGGCUCUGCGGAGCACCGGCGCAAGAUGCAGAAGCACCUGGAAAAUGCUUUGCAGGCUCGGCAGAAGGAGCUGGAGAAGUUCCUGCAGAAGAAGCAUGCGGCGCAGGAGGUCGUCUGCGGGCUGACGAAGCUGUCUGAGGAGCUGGACUUCAAGAUUCGGGCAGAAUUUGCACGCCUUCAUCAGAUCCUGGAGGAAGAGGAGAGAGCUGUGCUGGCAGAGCUGGGUGAAAAGGAGGAGGAGGUGCUGGCACAACUGCAUGAGGAAAUGUGCCAGCUGGAGGAGGGAAUGUUGGUGCUGCAGAAGGACAUAGAGCACAUAGAGCGGACCCUGAGCAAGGUGGAAGAAGUGUCAUUGCUGGAGGUGGAGAGUCUGGAUAUCAGGCCCUCGGUGCGUGUUAAGACCCAGACUGCCUUUGACCUGGAGCACUACAGGGACAGCUGCAACGCCCCCUUGCAGUACAUCUUCUGGAGGCGGAUGCUGCGGUCCCUCUGCCCCGCUCCUGCCCCACUCACCUUUGACCCUGAGUCAGCCCACCCCAACCUGGUCUUCUCCAGACACUUGACAGCUGUGACAGAGAGGAAUCGAGCCCAGCCUGUCCCCAGCAGCCCCCGGCGCUUCCGACAGUGCGUCAACGUCCUGAGCUCGCAGACCUUUACCAGUGGGCAGCACUACUGGGAGGUCUGGGUGGGCAGCAAAACCAAAUGGGAUCUGGGGGUGGCCGCCGAGGCUGUGGACCGGGCAGCAAAGGUCAAGCUGUGCCCGGAGAACGGCUACUGGACCCUGCGCCUGCGCAACAGGACUGAGUACUGGGCCACCGCCACCCCCUGGGUGCGCCUGGAUCUCUGCCAGCCCCUCCGGAAAGUGGGGGUCUUUCUGGAUUGCCAGAAGGGCACAGUUGGCUUCUUUGAUGCUGAGGACAUGUCCCACCUCUUCACCUUCCACCAAGUCUCUGCAGAGAGAUACUGCCCCUUCUUCAGCACCUGCUUCAGCGAUGGGAGGGACAACGUGGAGCCCAUGCGCCUCUGCCACCUGAACCUGUGAGGGGCGAGGAGGAGCAGGGUGCUCUGGGGAUGCCAGCCUGGCUCCAUGUCACUGCUGGCUGCUUGCCUGGGGACAUGGUGGAAGAGUGUUGUGGGUGUUGGAGAGGAUGUUUUGGUCCUGAGAGAAAAGAUUGGAAUGAGUCUUCCCAGCUCCUUUCUGCCCUCUCUUCCCCACACCCCCUGAAGAUGACCUUCCAUGCUAGAGCAUAACACAGUUCAAUAGCCAUAGGCCCACAGUGAAGGUGGCUGCAGGCUCUUGCACUUCUGUUCUUACAUGUUCCCACCUAUGAGCCCUGUGGACCCAGGUGGCAGUUCUGGAGCACUCUCAGGUGCCUCCUGACGCUGCUUUCCACGGGUGAGCUUCCUUCUUCUGCUUGAAAAGCUCUGUGGGGAAGGGCUCAGGGCCGGCGGCAGAGGGAGCUCGGUGCACGAGUGUGGGACCCAUCACAGCCUGGUGACUGCUGCUCUCGCCCUUCUACUCUAUCACUAUUAAAGCACAUUAGAAAGA